AUGUUGAAGUAUACUUGCGCCCUUUUCGAUUUGGACGGGACACUCUUGGACACCGAAGAAAUCUACGCGAAAAUUAAUCAGGAAUUCAUCAACAAGUACGGAGAUGGGAAGGAAUACACUUGGGAGACGAGGUCUAAAGUGAUGGGUGUGUCUUCUCCCAAAGCAAACCAAACCAUAAUUGACACUCAUAAAAUCACAAAAACAAGAGAAGAAAUGGUAAAAUACAAGAAAGAGCGAUUGGAAACACUCAAGAAUGAAGUGAAAGCGUUUCCUGGAGCGCUUGAAAUUCUUAAGAAAUUGAAAGGGCUUGGGAUGAAAGUGGCCAUUGCGACAAGUAGUCAACAGGGGAUGGUCGACUACAAAAUGUUUUCGCAUCAAGACAUGAUGAAAUACGUUGACAUUCUUGUUUGUGGAGACUCAAAAUCUGUUAAGAAGUCGAAACCAAACCCCGACAUUUUCAUUCACGCAGCACAUCUCUGUGGGGAAUAUGAUAUGAAGAAGGUCGUUGUAUUUGAAGACUCAGUCAAUGGAGUCUUAGCUGGUGUAGCAACUGGCGGAUUGACUGUCGCCAUCCCAGACUCACAUGUUAAACAAGAUCCAACAUUUAAAAAGGCAGACGUCUUACUCAAUUCCCUCACUCAGUUUGAUGUCAGUAUUCUUGAAACUCCAUCUCAAAGUUGCUCUUCAAAAAUAUAA